CCAUACCAUGGCUCCCCCGUUCUUCCCUUCCGGGAUAUUAACUUACAUGCUUCCCCUUCUCACUAUGCAUUUACCUCGCCCUCCUCUCGCCAGGCACCUACAUUGGUAGUGGACCGACCAUCCGGUGAUUUGCGCUUGAACGAUGGACCCCUCUCAGGUGCCAAGCGCAUCUCCAGUAUUGCUGGUAUCCUGGGAAUUCUGAAACUAAAGCUUGACAAGUACAUUAUCGUCAUUACCAAAGCGCAGCCCAUGGGCCGCUUGCGCGGCCACAUGGUCUACAAGGUUGCGGGAACCGAGUUCCUCCCUAUGCGCGAACGACCACUCCACGACACCGAUGAAGAUGCCUACCUCAAUCUUGUGAAGGACCUGCUGCGAAGGGGCCCUAUGUACUUCUCCUACUCUCUGGACAUCACGAACAACUUCCAGCGCCAAUCCCAGAGCCCGCCCAAUGUCCCCAUGUGGAAGACUGCAGACGACCGUUUCUUCUGGAACCGAUUCAUUCAAUCGGACCUCAUUGAUUUCAGCGUGGGAGCAAACGAUAAAAGUGGUGUUCGAUAUGGACCCCAGCCUGGAGCUGAUCCUUACAUUUUGCCAGUGAUGUUCGGCAUGUUGCGCAUCACUCCUGCCAAGGUGAAAUCCACAUCAUUCACUUACGCCCUUAUCACUCGGCGAGCCAGACACAGAGCGGGAACCAGAUACUUCACCCGUGGAAUUGAUGAACAGGGUCAUGUGUCGAACUACAAUGAGACUGAGCAAAUUGUGAUUUUGAACGAUUCCAAAGGUGGACUUUCUGGAUUUGGCGGUGGUCAGUCGAUGACCAGCGGUAAAGCCGGCCAAGACCUGCAGGUUUACUCUUUCGUGCAAACCAGAGGCAGUGUACCUGUGUUCUGGGCCGAAGUUAAUGAUCUGAAAUACACACCAAAGCUCCAGGUUCGGGGCGUCGAGACAGCGGUCGAAGCCGCACGCAAGCAUUUCUCCGAGCAAAUUGGGAUCUACGGAGAAAACUACUUGGUCAACCUCGUGAACCAAAAGGGCAGGGAGGAGCGUGUCAAACGGGCAUACGAGCAGCUGGUUCGCACAUUAGUUUCUUCUUCCUCUGAGAGUACUGAAACUGAUGAUUUGACCCCUGAAAAGCUGCAUGUUCUGGAGCCUGGUUCCAAGCAGAAAGAAAUGGAUCGAUUGCACUAUGUGUACUUUGACUUCCAUAAUGAGACAAAGGGUCUCAAGUGGCAUCGUGCGGAACUGCUGAUGGGCCGCUUGAAUGACGGCCUGGUCCAGGGUGGGUACUUCCGCGGUGUUGAGAGCCCUGGUGCCCCAGACGGUCCGUUGGAUACUCGCUCUACACAGACAAGUGUUGUUCGUACCAAUUGCAUGGAUUGUUUGGAUCGCACCAACGUGGUGCAAAGUAUGCUUGGUCGCUGGGCAAUUACGCGCCAGCUCAUUGACGCAGGCGUUCUCCGUACCGGGGAGACCGCGAACGAUGACCGGGAAUUUGAAAACUUGUUCCGCAAUAUUUGGGCCGACAACGCAGAUGUGGUUUCCAAGUCAUACUCCGGCACUGGCGCUCUGAAGACUGAUUUCACCCGCACUGGCAAGCGUACCCGAGCGGGUAUGCUGCAAGAUCUGAACAACUCUAUCACUCGAUAUGUGCGCAACAACUUCAUGGAUGGGCCUCGACAAGAUGGCUUUGACGUGUUCCAGGGCACCUACCUGCCUUCGGACUCCACUUUUGCCAACAUCCAACUGUUCCUUGACCAGCGCCCACUUGUCAUCCAGUCAGUUCCUUACAUCCUCGCUGCUAGCGUAUUCAUGGUUCUGGUCGCCCUCCUCACCAAACGCCUGCCCGACGCUACUGUCUGGCCCCUUCGCCUGUUCAUGAUCUUCUGGACGUUGGUGGCAGUAUACUGCUUCCGUUUCGUGCACGGACACGGUAUGCUCUAUGUAAAUUGGCCCAAGCUCAAUACGCCCGUCGCUGGUGCCGAGGGGUACCAAGAUGCGCUCAUCAAGGCCCGAUCUGAUCCACUCAUCGGCAAGUGGCUUCCUGCCCGUCGACACCAGCGCGGCAUCAGCAAUGCCCGUCUCGUCUUUUUGGAAGAAGGGAAGACCAGGAUUGAAUAA